AUGGAGCCAGGUUUCUUGCUAUUUAAAGAUUUUUGUUUGAAUGAAAUUAAUGAAGCUGUACCUCAGGUGAAGUUUUAUGAAGAGAUAAAAGAAUACGAAAAACUUGAUAAUGAGGAAGAUCGCCUUUGUAGAAGCCGACAGAUUUAUGAUGCCUAUAUCAUGAAGGAGCUUCUUUCUUGUUCACAUCCAUUCUCAAAGCAAGCUGUGGAACAUGUACAAAGUCAUCUAUCUAAGAAACAAGUGACAUCAACUCUUUUUCAGGUAAGAUAA